UCUUAAUAUCAUUGGAAUCCCUGGUUAUUAAAAAAAGAAUAACAUUGCAAAAUCGUUUUUUCAUAUACUCAGUGAUAACUUGCUAGUUUCGCAGAAAAUGCAUAUUUUAUAAUCUAGAGGUAUUGAAAAUGUGAAUUAACGUAAAUAACAACAUUAAAAGAUUCAUCAAUUGUUAAAUCAUGAAUCCAGCACAUAGUUUGAACAUGGAUCCAUCUUUGGUACAGGAGGCAAACAGUAUGCAAACCCAGUAUGCAUCUUUUCAAAAUUUCGAACAAUUUUCGGCAGCUGGAUAUACAAAUACACCAAUAUACAUCACAAAGCCGCCAGGGAUUGGUGCCAUAUCACAUAUUACGCCUCAUUGUUCAGUACUUGGUCCUCAGAAUAAGAUCGAGACAGAUUCUCCAGAAGUUGCCCUGGCCGGUAUGGAGAAUCAUUCACUAGGUCCAACUGUAAGAUACAUACAAGCCGCCCAAUUUGACGAGACGCCAGAAUAUGGGAUUUCAGGUAUACCUUGUGGUGUAGAGUCCCACUAUACUGAUGAAUCCGUAGUACCUUACGGCUACACGACGGAACCUGGUUAUGGAAUACAAGGUACAAGCACUAAUCUGAAACAAUUCACUGCAAGUCCUUUUGAUGAUAACCUAAAUGGGUCUGAAACUAUUGGCGAGUCUCAAUGUCGACCUUUUGACGGUACAGCUGAUUUUAAAUUACCUCAGUUCGCCAUGAAUUCUAUAAAUGCUGUUCCCCCCCGAGGAGUGGGGGAGAAAGAAGAUUAUAUCGGCGGAUCCGACAACGACCUUUGUUCAACCAUGAGGUGGCGUGAUCCAAAUCUUUCAGAAGUAAUAAGUUUUCUCAGUAAUCCGAACAAUGCUAUAAAAGCAAAUGCAGCAGCAUAUUUGCAACAUUUAUGUUACAUGGAUGACCCAAAUAAGCAACGUACACGAUCAUUAGGAGGAAUACCACCAUUGAUUCGAUUGCUGUCGUAUGAUUCUCCAGAAAUACAUAAAAACGCUUGUGGAGCUCUUCGAAACCUAUCCUACGGUAGACAAAAUGAUGAAAACAAGCGUGGAAUUAAAAAUGCUAGCGGAAUAGAAGCGUUAGUUCAUCUGCUUUGUCGUUCUCAAGAGACAGAAGUAAAAGAAUUGGUAACUGGAGUGUUAUGGAAUAUGUCUUCCUGUGAAGAUAUCAAGCGGUCAAUUAUUGAUGAAUCACUAGCUGCUAUAGUCUGCAACGUUAUAAAACCUCAUUCCGGAUGGGAUCCAAUUUGUUGUGGUGACACUUGUUUUUCUACAGUAUUUCGAAAUGCAUCGGGAGUGUUGCGAAAUGUCAGUUCAGCUGGAGAGCAUGCAAGAGGGUGUCUUCGCAAUUGCGAGCAUUUAGUGGAAUGUCUUUUGUAUGUAGUGCGAGCUGCAAUAGAGAAAAACAAUAUUGGAAACAAAACAGUAGAAAAUUGCGUAUGUAUACUGCGUAAUCUUUCGUAUAGAUGUCAGGAAGUAGAAGAUCCGAAUUACGAUAAGCAUCCUUUCAUAACGCAAGAUAGGGUUAUCCCAUCUUCGUCAAAGGGCGAAAAUUUAGGAUGCUUUGGAACAAGUAAAAAAAAGAAGGAAGUAUCUGCUACUGAAGCUCUUCAGGACUAUAGCAUAUCCACAGAGUAUUCUAAAAGUUCAGUAACUAAUAGCCAGAUGAAUAAGGGCUAUGAACAAUUAUGGCAACCUGAAGUUGUUCAGUAUUACUUGUCAUUAUUGCAAAGUUGUUCUAAUCCAGAAACACUUGAAGCUGCGGCAGGAGCAAUUCAAAAUUUAUCUGCAUGUUAUUGGCAACCCAGCAUUGAUAUUCGUGCCACGGUGCGUAAAGAAAAAGGUCUACCUAUACUGGUAGAGCUCCUUCGGAUGGAAGUUGAUCGCGUAGUCUGUGCAGUUGCUACUGCCCUACGGAAUCUAGCUAUUGAUCAACGAAAUAAAGAACUAAUUGGAAAAUACGCUAUGCGUGAUCUAGUCCAAAAACUUCCAUCUGGAAAUGUGCAGCAUGACCAAAACACAUCGGAUGAUACAAUAACAGCUGUAUUGGCUACAAUUAAUGAGGUCAUAAAAAAGAACCCAGAAUUUUCUCGUUCACUUUUAGAUGCAGGCGGUAUAGACCGACUUAUGAAUAUAUCGAGACGAAAAGAAAAAUAUACUUCUUGUGUAAUAAAGUUUGCUAGUCAAGUUUUGUAUACGAUGUGGCAACAUCACGAACUCCGAGACGUCUACAAAAAAAACGGUUGGAAAGAGCAAGAUUUCAUUAGUAAAAAUUUUACUGCACAUAACACUCCGCCAAGCUCACCAAACAAUGCCAAUAACACACUUAACCGACCAAUGGCAUCUCAGGGACGUACGCGCUAUGAAGACAGAACAAUUCAGCGUGCAACUAGUGCUUCGUAUAGGAAUAAUGACUCUAGUGGAGCCGUUAUGUCAAAUAAUGAAUCAGCCUUGCUUUCGGAAAUGGUUAGAAAACAAUUAUAGAAUGUAUAUUUGGUCGUUAAUUAUUUAAA